AAUCGACAGACGGAGGAAAACAACACGAGAUGCUGACGGCUCCCGGUGAUCUCAGGCUUCUCCUGCCUCGUUGCCGCUUACAGCAGCUGGCUCGGGACUGGCUGGCGGAGGAUGCCCCUUUUCUGGACUUUGCUGGGUGGGCUGCUUCCGGUGGGGCACAGGGCUGUCAGGAGGCAGUACUGCUCUGUAAGUCUGCGGGGGUGCUGGCAGGGUGCCCCUUCUUUCAGGCUGUUUGUGAAGAGGCCGGCUGCAGCGUGGAGUGGGAACAUAGUGACGGCGCGUGGCUGGAGCCGGUGACCAGAGUGGCCACAGUCCGAGGUCAAUUGAAUGAUCUCCUCCUGGCAGAGCGCCCAGCACUCAACGUCCUGUCCCGGGUCAGCGGAGUGGCCACAGUGGCUAGACAAGUAUCAGAGCAGGCGCGGGCAGCCGGAUGGCCAGGGCAGGUUACAGGUACCCGCAAAACUACUCCUGGAUUUCGCCUGCCAGAGAAGUAUGGCCUACUAGUGGGAGGAGCCGGAACACACCGUUACGGGAUUGGGGAUCUCAUCAUGUUGAAGGAUAACCAUAUAUGGGCAAUGGGAGGAGUCAGAAAGGCUCUACAGGCUCUGCACACUCUGGCUGGGCGCACCAUAAAGGUGGAGGUGGAGUGCAGAUCCGUGGAGGAAGCCUUAGAGGCUGCAGAAGCUGGAGCAGAUAUCAUCAUGCUGGAUAAUUUCACUGCAGAGUUAUUGCACCGAGCUGCUCUUACUAUAAAGACUGCUUUUCCUGGAAUCGUGGUGGAAGCUUCUGGAGGCGUCUCCCCACAGAACUUCCUCCAGUUCUUGGGCCCUCAUGUGGACAUGGUGUCCAUGGGGUGUCUCACGCAGGGACCUCCAAGUGUCGACUUCUCUUUAAAACUAGCCAAAGGCUUAAAGACCAAUGGUGGCCUCCAUCACCCCUGCAUCGCAGUGUCCAGUGAAGAUCAAUGAAGACCAAGAUUUUAGCCCCACCAAACCACUUAAUGGCCCCACCCCAAUUCACUGUGUACUGUGCAUCCCAAAUGUCACCAAUGUGUACAUAGAAGCUUGGACACCAGAGAAGAGAGAACAGUACCAUAUAGACACCAGGCCAUGACCUUUUCUCCUGCAUUGACUUUAUAUACCCCGAAAAUGGCACCACGAGAUGCCAAUACAGCACCAUGAGAUGCAAAUGCAACACCACGAGAUGCCAGUACAACACAAGGUACCAGGCAACACCACAAGAUGGAUUACCCACAAUUAUUAUUAAAGAUCUCAGUUCUGUUA